AUAAAUUACCUAUUAAGAUUGUAUGUAUAAACUUAUUUUUAAAAACAUUUUUAGGCUAAAGAAAACGAUUGUAUGUACACGCCGUCCAUACAAAAUAAAAUUAGUGAGCUGCAUCAAAUGUUAAACUUUGACCAAACUAACAAUGAAAAAACGAAUUAUUUAAAGAAGAUCCUUGAAGUAGAAAACAAAUGUCAAUAUUGGACAGACAAAUAUGAUGAAUUACACGAGAAAUACUUGCGACUAGAAGCCAAACGUGUACGCAUCGAAAAAGAAAAUUGUGGUUAUCAGAUGGAAAUAUCAAGAAUUAAAAUGAUUGAAAAUGAAAACUCACGUCUUAAACAAGCAAUAGAUAAAUCGAAUCGUGUUCGUAAAGAAUUAGAAGUUGCACUAGAAUCAUGCCACGAAGUUGUUUAUAAAUAUCAAACAGACGUGGAAGUCGCCAGGUAUAAAGUUAAUGAAGCGCUCGAAAUGAUAGAAAAAACUUACUCAGAAAAAGAUAAGCUUGUGAUGGAUUUAAAAAAAUCAAAUGAAAAAAUAGUCAAAUUAGAAAAUGAGCUAACAAAUUUAAUACAAGAAGCAGGUACAAAAGUCAAUUUGGAAGUGGAGAAGGUGAAAACCAUGUACAAAGACAAAUUACGCGAGGCUAAUGUCGAAAUCGAGUUUUUACGCACGGAAAAGCAGAUCAUGUUUAAUAAAACCCAACAAAUAUCAAAAGAGUAUGAAACUAUAAAUAAGAAAUACACAUCUAUCAAUCAGAAGUGUUUGAAUGAACCAGAUGUAUAUGUAAAAAAAGUGACAAUGCUUGCCCAACAAAUCAAAGAGUACGAAGUCACGUUCAACAAUUUAAUAGCAGAUGUUGAAGUCCUAAAAGAAACAAAUAGGCAACUUCAAGAAAGUUAUGCAAGAAAAAAAACUAAAUAUGUAAUGGAAAUAGCAUUUUUAAAGGAUACAACUAAAUCACUGGAAAACCAUUUAAACAUAGCAAUACAUGAAAUAUCUGAAAACAAUGGGAUAAUAUUAGAAUCAUCAGAUAGAAUAAAAACAUUGGAGUUGGAAAUUAGUAAAUUACAACGGCCAGAAGAUAAUUUUGAACAAAAAGAAAUGCAAAUUAAUGAACUUACAAGACACGUAGAAGCACAAAAACAAAUGGUAGAGAUGUGGAGAAUAGAGAUGCACAAUAUGAUUGAAGGAUUUAAACAUAAAAUCAACGAGCUCAAACAUCACUGCAGCAAACUUUAUAAGAAAAAUGGAAAAUUGAAACGAAUAAUAAAUAAUUCAAAACCUAAAUAUUCGAAUUCCAAAAAAAAACGAAUGCACAAAACCAGGAAGAAUAAAAAAUCAAAUAUUCUGUCAAUGUCAACGUCAACGUCAACUUAG